AACAUUAGCUCUCGAGUUGGGUAUUGGUUUUAUUCGAGCCAUGCAAUGGUUUGGCAUCCCUGUUCACAAAACCAUCGCGGAUGGGUCAUUCGGGUCUGCCUCCGAAGGAAAUAUUCAAUAUUUUGCAACAACACAAAGCUCAUUGUGAUCAUGGGUCCGAUUGAUUAGGACAGGAUGACUCGGUAGAGGGUAGAGAGAUCUCUUCCCUAUCUUUGCAUCCUCAUGGUGGGUUGGUUUGGCGAGUUGAAGGCCAGAUCCAACCCCCACCGCAAACACCAUGGCCGUGGAUUUCUUACCCAUCUGCGACCUGCUCUUCAAUAUCGCGUCCGUGAUGACUUACUUCUGCGACAUCGCGUUCAACGUGAUUGCCAUUUAUUUGCUGGAAAGGCAAGAGGGCUUCCAAAUCUGGUUUGUUCUUCUGGCAUUGGCCUUGGCCACGUCCAUCAUCGUGUGCCAAUUGUUCUCCUUGAAGUGGUACAUGGACCAAGAAUGGAACGAGCAUCGUGCUUUGACGUGGACCGUGAUUGUCGGACUUCAUCUCGGGAUGAGUGCCAUGUUUUGGCGGUAUUCACGCCUUCUAUUCCUGCCCAUUGAGAUGGAUGUGGUGAAACGGGAGAUGCGCAACCUGAGUCUUCUUCGUAUGAUGCACGCCUUCAUUCACAGCAUCUUCACCAUCUUCAUCUUGGGCUACCUCACGGCUCUCGACCAGAUGAGUGCCAUUCAAAUGGAAGUGGUCUACUGCGCCAUGGCCACUUCUCUCAUUAACAUUUGUUGGGCAUUAGCCUCGUUUAAUAAGAACAUUAAGAAGUCCAACCUGCACAAACUGAUCCUGACGUGGAUCGGAGUCAUCUUGCAAUUCCUAUGGCGAGCCGGAACGGUCACGUCUCGGAUGUUCGCCCUGGUGGUGUACACCACGGUCCAUGGGGCGUGGGUGGGUCUCUUUUUGAUCCUCCAUUGGUUGUGCAUGUUCGUGUGGUUGGUUCUACAGCAACGCAAUCUUCAUAAUCAGACUUGGACCAAGACUGAUUGGCUCAAGUGUUCCAUUCUGGCCUAUGUGUAUGAAGUGGACUUUGUUCACUUGGACGACGACAGUGCCAAGGUCAAAAUCGUCAUGUACUACCUCAUCAUCCUCGUGGAGAACGCUUUACUAUACGUGAUCUGGUCGAUCAACGUCCGGACGCGUCUCAUUUACAGUGCGGGUGAGAUCCGCACCGCCCUCCUGGUGACCACAUUGCCCUAUUUGGGUGGACUCUUGGUCAUGAUCCUGUACUAUAACGUCUUUCACGUGUCUCUGAAUCGGGAUAAGGGCGAGCGUGAGGGCGACCGAAAUGGUGUCCGGCCCUUUAAAGACGGCGGCAAUGCCACGGUGUUCAAUUGCUCGCUGUACUCCACGGGUGCGGCCAUGACGAAGAAAAAGAAAAUUCCUCGUCUUAUCCCACCGCCGCCCAUCCCACAAGUGACUGGAAGUGGGACGGGAGCCCCGCCUACCCCUGUGGGCCCCAUGCCAAAGCCCUUUUGGAAGAUGCCUCUUCCGAACCAAUCCAAUCACCUCUUCCACCCCUCGAGCAAUCCGGAGCACCAGCUUCAUCACUCCGGAACUGUACCUGAUUCAUUAAGCUAUGACAAUUUCAGUCCCAGUCCCAAUGAGAGAAGUUUUAACUAUGACUCCAGCGGGGAUCAAGCGGACACGGAAUCGGGACGCGAACACGACAUGCUCUACAAUUACUCCAAGCGCUCAGCCCGAAGGAAAGCCAGAUGCACUCGUGAAACUCCUAUGUGACGAUCUCUUUGCCAUGACAAACUUGUUAUUUUGCAGGCUCUCAUUGACCAGAUAUACAUCUUAGAUUCCAUUGAGA